GGAGGGCCACCGAGGAAAGACUUCCAAAACCCUAAAAAUUUGAUAUCGGAAGUACAUGUAAUCCCUUAUUUGAGAGUUUAUCAUAUUCGACGGGGGUAGACAUGGCCGGAGCUUCUCGAGAGCAAGCACUCUCCCUUAUUGCUGCCGUGAAGAACCAUGGUGAUUUGGCGGUUAAACUAUCUUCUUUGAAACAGGCGAAAGAGAUUCUGUUAUCUGUCGAGCCGUCUUUUGCAGCGGAGAUCUUCCCUUACCUCUCCGAGAUUCGGACGUCGCCCGAAAGUUUGGUUAGGAAAUCUCUCGUCGAGUUGGUGGAAGAGCUUGGUCUGAAGGUGAUGGAGCAGUCAUCUAUACUAAUGCCAGUCCUAUUGGCACUCUUAAAAGAUGAAGCUUCUGUUGUUGUGAGACAAUCUAUUGUUAGUGGCACAAGUUUCUACUACAGCAUCCUUGAAAAAAUGGCACUACAGUUUCGUCAAUCUGGUAGAGUUGAAAAGUGGCUCGAAGAACUUUGGAUGUGGAUGGCUAAUUUCAAAGAUGUUGUUUUUGGAAUUGCUUUGGAGCCUGGUUCUGUUGGAACAAAGUUGCUGGCAAUGAAAUUUUUGGAAACAUACAUCCUACUUUUCACGCCUGAUGCCGAUGAUUCUGAAACAUCUAUUAAAGAAGGAAAGGGACGGACCUUUAAUAUUUCGUGGGUGGUUGGAGGUCACCCGGUCCUGGAUCCAGCCUUAUUCACAUUGGAAGCAAACAAAGCUUUCGGCCUUCUCCUGGAUCAGCUGCAAUCAGCAAGUACUCUUUGUGGUUCUUUGAUAAUUGCUGUUAUCAACUGUCUUGCGGCUAUUGCGAGGAGGCGGCCCUUCCACUAUAGUAGUGUUCUUUCUGCACUUCUUGGUUUUGACCCAAAUUUUGAGACACUAAGGGGUGGACAUGCUGCCAGUAUCCAGUAUUCUCUAAGGACUGCCUUCCUGGGGUUCUUAAGGUGUACCCAUCCAGCCAUUAAAGAGUCACGUGAGAGAUUACUAAGGGCUUUACGAGCAAUGAAUGCUGGAGAUGCUGCUGAUCAAGUAAUUCGGCAGGUUGAUAAAAUGAUAAAGAAUACUGAGCGUGCUUCACGUGAUGCUCGAUUUGGCAAGGAUGAUCAACCAUCAAGUCCACUACCUUUUUUUGGGGAUUUGAUUAAGAAACGGCCCAUGCUUCAGGAUAAUGAUGGUAUGACUAAUACUGAUGAAAUUACUGCUAAACGAACUCGUUAUGGUCCUCAAGGAAACUCAGCAUUUCCUGGCGAGAUACCUGAUGAUUCUAGGCAGGAUGAUAUUGCUGUAAAUGGAAUAGCUCCUAAGCUGCCUUUGCUGGAUAGUGACUUGACACCUGUGGAACAAAUGAUUGCCAUGAUUGGUGCUUUACUGGCACAGGGUGAAAGAGGUGCCGAGUCCCUUGAAAUUCUAAUAUCAAAAAUCCAUCCUGAUCUGUUGGCUGAUAUUGUAAUAGCUAAUAUGAGGCACUUACCUAAGAAUCCCCCUCCCUUACUAAGCAGACUUGGGAAUGUUCCAGUAGCUCCACAGACAAGUUCGUCAAGCACUUCAUCACAGGUGGCACCCAGCACUCCUAUAAUUUCGGUGCAGUAUUCUGCUGCUCCACUACAAACUGCAUCUCCAUUUUCUUCUGCAGUAACGAGCAGCACAUCAAUGCCUGAUGUCACCACAGUCCCUAAUCUUCCUGCCGAUUACAAACGCGAUCCACGAAGGGAUCCUCGUCGUCUCGAUCCACGGCGUGUGGCUGUACCUGGUGGAGUACAGUCGGUGUCUCUGACUGUGAAGGAGGAUACUGGUGACAUGCAAUCUGGAUUUGACAGUUCUGCUUCUCUGAGGAGACCUCUUCCACCUCCUGUGGUGAUAAAGGUGGAAAGUGCUUCAGUACCUAUGGUAACCAAAAGUGAUUUUGAAUUUUCAGAAAGUUCAGUUGCUCCUGUAACUGACCAGCCUACAUCUGAAGAAAAUUUGGAGGUUUUAGAUGAAAUUAAAAAGGAGGAACCGGUUGAAGAGGUCAAGGUUAUUACUACUUCAGACCCUGCCCAUUCUCCUGUUACAGCUGUUGUCCAGGAUGCGAUGGCAUCAAUACCGACAGAUUUUACAAUGACUGAGGGGGUUGAUCCAUCUUGUUCACUGGAAUCUGAUCAGCAUUCCCCUGUUGGCUCUAGCACAUCUGCCUCUGAAGAGACCUCUCAAGAUUUUCCCUUGCUUCCUUCUUAUAUUGAGUUGACAGAAGACCAGAAAAAGACUCUGACUAAAUUGACAAUUGAAAGAAUUAUUGGGUCAUGCAAGCAAAUACAGCUGACAGAUUGCAGUCAGACACGCAUGGCAUUACUUGCUCGCUUGGUUGCUCAGAUGGAUGCUGAUGUUGAUGUCAUUGUAAUGCUGCAAAAACAUCUAGUUUUGGAUUACCAACACGCGAAGGGGCAUGAGCUUGUGAUGCAUGUACUAUAUCAUCUUCAUACUCUCAUGAUUUCCGAAUCUAGUGAGCACUCUUCAUUUGCUGCCACUAUGUACGAAAAGUUUCUCCUAGCCGUGGCAAGGUCUUUGUGGGAUACGCUUCCGGCUUCAGACAAAUCUUUCAGUAAGCUUCUUGGUGAAGUUCCACAUUUGCCUGACUCUGCCCUGAAAAUGUUAGAGGACCUUUGUUAUGCUGAUGGGUUUGGUUUCCAUGGGAAAGAUGUACGUGAUGGUGACCGUGUCACACAGGGCCUUGGUGCUGUAUGGAGCUUGAUCUUGGGGCGUCCACUUAAUCGGCAAGCAUGUUUGAAUAUAGCAUUGAAGUGUGCGGUUCAUUCUCAAGACGAAGUUCGAGCAAAAGCUAUCCGUCUGGUGGCAAAUAAACUCUAUCUUCUUAGCUAUGUAUCAGAGAACAUUGAGCAGUUUGCUACUGCUGAGAUUUUAUCAGUAGUUGAUCAGCAUGUUCCUGAUACAGAUCCUUCAACGGCUGGGUCCACCGAGCAGAGAACAGAAGGAAAUCUUGGAACUCAAGAAACAUCCAUUAGUGGUUCUCAUAAUUCAGAGCCUGGUGCUUCCGAAAAUGACUCUGUGAAGGAUUCACUACAAGUUGUCCAAAGUGUUCCAACAGUUUCGUUGUCUCAAGCUCAACGCCGCAUGUCCCUUUUUUUCGCUCUAUGUACAAAGAAACCCAAUCUCCUUAAACUUGUUUUUGACAUUUAUGGGCGGGCUCCAAAGGCUGUUAAGCAGGCGGUCCAUCGGCAUAUCCCAAUUCUUGUGAGAACCCUAGGACCAUCCAAAUCCGAAUUGCUGCAUAUAAUUUCUGAUCCACCACAAGGAAGCGAAAAUCUUCUGAUGCUGGUUUUGCAAAUAUUGACUGAAGAGACAACACCCUCUGCUGAUCUUAUUGCUACUGUUAAACACUUAUAUGAAGCUAAGUUAAAGGAUGCUGGUAUUCUUAUUCCAAUGCUAUCUUCUCUUUCAAAAGAUGAGGUUUUGCCUAUUUUCCCAAGGCUUGUUGAUCUUCCAUUGGAAAAGUUUCAAGCAGCACUUGCUCGCAUAUUACAGGGUUCAGCUCAUACAGGUCCAGCUUUAACACCUGCAGAAGUGUUGGUUGCUAUCCACGACAUUAAUCCUGAUAAAGAUGGAAUUGCACUUAAAAAGAUAACGGAUGCCUGCUCAGCUUGUUUUGAGCAACGCACAGUUUUUACACAGCAAGUCUUGGCAAAGGCCUUAAACAUGCUGGUUGAUCAAACUCCUCUACCCCUACUGUUCAUGAGAACAGUAAUUCAAGCCAUUGAUGCUUUUCCUACUCUGGUUGAUUUUGUCAUGGAGAUACUCUCCAAACUUGUGAGUAAACAGAUAUGGAAGAUGCCAAAGUUGUGGGUAGGGUUCUUGAAAUGCGUAUCUCAGACACAACCUCAUUCUUUCCCUGUUCUAUUGCAGUUGCCCCCUCCACAGCUUGAGAGUGCACUAAACAAACAUGCAAACCUCAGAGGUCCACUUGCUGCUCAUGCCAGCCAGCCUAGCAUAAGAACUUCAUUACCAAGGUCAACGCUGGUGGUUUUGGGUCUUGCUAAUGAACCACAUAUGCAAAGAUCCUAUCUUCCAUCUUUGCAUGCUUCAGACACAAGUUCUUCAGUUCAUGGUGCAACGUUGACGUGAUACCUGUAGUCAAUGACUUGAGAAUUGGGCAAGCAGUACUUUAUAAGAUAUUAUGGAUUAUGAAGGGAUGGUCAGCCCUAUUCACACGGUUACCAUUGCCAGAAGUAUAAACGGGCGUAGAAUUGAUGAAACACGAAAUAGCUGAUUCCCCAAGAAUGGCAGCUGAGACAGGUCGGAGAUGGGUUUGAGCUGAUCCUUUGGGAUGGAAUUCUUGUCGAAGAGGUUGCUCGAGUAGCCUACCAUUUGGGAAUGUACAAUAGCUGUAUCCCAGUAAUUCAUUUUUCUUGUUCAUUUCUCUUUUUGCCUCAUUUUAUUAUGUUAUUUCCUAUUUUUGUUUAUUUAAUUUUUUUUUUGAAUUUAAUUUUUCUUUUGCUGCACAAUCCAUAAAGCAUAUGAUUGGUUGGGUCUGUAACUUGGGUAAAUUUUGGUAUAAUUUAGUCAGGCAAGGAAAAGUGCAUUCAGUUGCAU